AUGCCAGUUCGUGCUUUAUUUGAACAUGGUGCUACUGCUUUUGAUAUAUGGGAAGCCGCUCGGAAGACUUAUACUGUGACUCAGAAUAGUUCUCGUCUGUUUCAACUUCGACGGCAGUCCAUCCUUACGUGUCAGAAUGGUGAAUCUGUCAAAGUGUUCUAUGAAAAACUCAUGCUACCUGGCAGGAGAUUGAUUGUCUGCGUCCACAUGAAUAUAGCUGUACCGAUGAUGGGGCUCGCCGUUUGA